AUGCCUAUAGAGCAACCACCUUUUGUAGCUUUGGAAUCCAGGUGUGGUGACCAUGAGGAGACUGUUGACCAUAUCCUCCUAAAGUGCACGUUUGUGAGGGCUAUUUGGUUCGGCUGUAACCUUAACUCCCUGUUGGCUCGUGGUGGCAACAACCUCAGCCUAUACCAGUUUAUUCAGACUUGGAGCUCCCUCUCUAACCGUGGUAAGACUACCUUCAAGGAGGUAACGGCCCUUUGCUGCUUCGUGUUAUGGUAUCUUUGGACCUCUAGAAACGAUCUGCUUUUCGGUGGAAAAGUUUGUUCUGGUGAGGAGGUAAUUCAGGCAGCUCAUAAGGCGUGUAAAGAAUUUUUGGAAGCCUCCAGUAAAUCUGAGCUCUCACAGGCCUCUGCUCGAGUGCCUACGCAUUCUAUUUGGUCCCCCCCGCUUCUAGGUGCUUUCAAGCUGAACUGUGAUGCAUCCUUUGACCCUGGGUUGAAGCGUAGUGGCAUUGGCUUUGUGAUCAGGGACCAUUUGGGUAGGAGUUGUAUUGCCAUCUCAAAUCCGACAACCUUCAGUGACAUUCUGGUUGGAGAGGCGAUGGCGAUCAGGGAAGGGCUUUUGGAAGCCAUAUCAGAAGGAACUCUCUCCAUUACGGUUGAAAGUAAUAAUCUCGUCAUCAUUUCUUACCUCUUGAACCCUUCAAAGCCCCCUGAUCUAAAAAUCUUGCCAAUUGUGGAAGAUAUUAGACAUAUCUCCUCUUACUUUGAUGAUUGUAUGUUCUCUUAUAUUCCAAGGGCUGCUAACUCCCUAGCAGACUGCCUUGCUAGGAGGGCCCUAUCAGUUUCGGGAAGGAUGAUUUGGCCCUAUUCCGAUCCCUUGCUAUCCGAAGGUGCUACUUCGGAUACGAGGAGUGUUUCUCGCUUUUUGCAAUAA